AUGGUAUUCUGGGAGGUUGGGGGCAGGAACGGGGUAGGUAUCUUGGUUGAUAACGACCUCCGUGAACUAGUGGUGGAUGUUAGGAGGGUGAAUGACAGACUGAUGACUAUUAAGCUAAUUGUUAGUGGUUUUACUUUGAACAUAAUCAGUGCAUGCGCACCCCAAACUGGCUUGGAUCAGGAAGUCAAUAGGCGUUUCUGGGAGGACUUAGAUGAGAUGGUGCGUGGUAUCCCGCACAUCGAGAAGCUUUUCAUAGGAGGAGAUUUCAACGGCCACAUUGGAGCAACGCCUGGGGGGUAUGAUGAUGUGCAUGGUGGCUUUGGUUUUAGAGAUAGAAACGAAGGAGGAACGUCUCUGCUGGACUUUGCAAGAGCUUUUGAUUUGGUGAUAGCAAACUCGAGUUUCCCGAAGAAGAAGGAGCACUUGGUCACCUUCCGGAGUUCGGUGGCCGAGACUCAGAUUGAUUAUGUACUUUGUAGGAAGUCCGAUAGAGGUCUUUGCAUGGAUUGCAAGGUCAUCCCAAGUGAGAACCUCUCGACCCUUUACAGGCUCCUGGUCAUGGACCUUGAGAUCACGAGGAAAAGGAGGAAAAGGGCGAUGUAUAGCCAACAUAGGAUAAAGUGGGGAGCCUUGACGGAAGCUAAAGCGCAGGAGUUGGGGGUCAAGCUGGUGACUAUGGGGGCUUGGAGGAGUAGUGGGGACGCAAGCGCUAUGUGGACCAUGACUGCGCAGUGCAUUAGGGAAGUCGCGAGAGAGGUAUUAGGAGUCUCAAAGGGUAAUUCUGGUGGUCACAAGGGAGAUUGGUGGUGGAAUUGA